UAGGGGCGCUUCUUUAGGGGGUAAAGGCUGUCCUGGGAAGUGACUUUCUUUCCCCCCACUUCUAAUUUCUUUAGACAUUACUUAAAAUGUCCGGAAGCACACGUGAAGGCCGACAGUGCCCUCUACAGCCACGAAGAGAGGGGCGGAUCCCCUCCUGCGGCCUCGCCAGCUAAUGGCCGCUCCCACUCCGCGCGGGGUGGCCUGACUUCAGAGAUGGGCAUAAGUGUCGGCUUCAGGGCGCGCCGACAGGACGACCCAUGGCCCCGCUAGGAGGCUCCCCGCGGCUCGUGCUGCUGUUCAGCGGGAAGAGAAAAUCCGGGAAGGACUUUGUGACCGACGAGCUACUGAGCAGACUCGGAAGUGAUGUCUGUGCUAUCCUGCGUCUCUCUGGUCCACUCAAGGAGCAGUUUGCUCAGGAGCACGGCUUGAACUUCCAGAGACUCCUAGAUGCCAGUGACUACAAGGAGACCUAUCGAAAGGACAUGAUCCGCUGGGGGGAAGAGAAGCGCCAGGCUGACCCAGGCUUCUUCUGCAGGAGGAUCGUGAAAGGUGUUUCCCAGCCCAUCUGGCUGGUGAGUGACGCACGGAGGGUGUCUGACAUUGAGUGGUUUCGAGAGGCCUAUGGUGCUGUGACACAGCUGGUCCGAGUGGUGGCCUCAGAGCAGAGCCGACAGCAGCGGGGCUGGAUGUUCACGCCAGGGGUGGACGACGCUGAGUCAGAAUGUGACUUGGAUAACUUUGAGGACUUUGACUGGACCAUCGAGAACCAUGGGGAUGCGCAAUACCUGGAGGAGCAGUUGAAGAGCCUGGUAGAAUUUGUGCGCUCCAAACUAUAAUCCUAGGUCCUAGGAGGCACCAGUGACUGCCAGGGUGAGGGUGGGCUGACUGCCAGACAUGUGGUCACUGAGGCUGGGUAAAGUGGGGGAGCAGGCAAAGUGCCAGGAUCUAGAGCUCUGGGGGAUGGAGAUGAUAGACAAGUCAGGAAACCUCCAGGAGCCUCUGUUUAUGGAGAUGACAGCCCUCCCUCUUUAGGAGAUAUAAAGGGAAAGGGGGGUGAACUGGCUGUGCUUAAAGUGGAAGCACUGCUGUCUCGACAGUGCAGGCCUGUCAGCCUUUGGUAGCCUUGCUUCCCUUCUAGAUGCUCUCAGCCCUUUGCUCUGAGUGGGAGCCUGGGCUGCCCAGUAGAUACAAUAAACCUUGGAGCACACUCUCUGAGCUGGACAUUGUCAUUUCCCGGACAAAGGCUGCCAGCCCAGCCUUUGUGGGGCUCGCAAGGGCCUGGAAUGCAUGCUGCUGACACUGACCUCAGCCUAGGUCAUGUAGGUUACUGGCCUGCUUAUGUUGGAGGCAGGAUGGGGGUCUGAAGGUCUCAUCUGGAUUGGCUCUCAAAACAGUCUCAGUGUUCCACACAAGUUGCCACCAGCAAGUACCCAGAGAGACUGAGGUAUUAGAGCAGGGCAGAGACACUAGAGAUCGAUGGCCCUGGCAACCAUUGUGUGACCCUGGGCUGGUCACAUCAUGAAGAGCCUCAGCCUUUUCCUAGAUGUGACUUCUUAUAUUUACAUCACUUUAUACAAGGUGAUGUAGAUUAUACAAUUUCUAGAUUUCUUCUAGAUGCUUCACAACUGUCAGGUGAAACGGGCAAGGAGCGUAUUUCCAUCUGCAUUUAGCUGAUACCCAGAACUCAGAGAAGUGAGACAACUUGCCCAGGGUUUCAGGGUCAGUGAGAGUCAGGACUCAGCCUGGAGCACAUACCGCCCCGCUUCUGCCACAGUCCUUUGGGAUGUGGUACAAAGUCCAUGGCUCUUUGUCAUCCUCAGGCCUGAGCCAACCACCCCAACUCUGGAGCCUUGACCUCAUUCCCCUCUCACAAAUCCUGGGGUCCUCACCAAUGAGGGACUUAUAUCAAGUUUCAUAAAGAUAAGGGAAUUACAUCAGCUUCAAUGUGACCCAAACUGAACUUUGCACAUUCCUGCCCAAAUUCCUGCCCAGGGAGGAAGGCUUCCCUGGAUCACCUUUUUCCUGUAUUAGUUCUCUGGUUCUGCCAGCAUGACAGUGGGCACGGACUCCUCCAUUCCCCCGACUGCUGGGACUAGUCACACUGUUUCUCUCCCUGUAUCUUCCUUCUGGGAUUCUCACUGGAAGGUGAAUUCCUUGAGGGCAGGGGCCAUAUCUGUCUUGUAAUUGUAACCCUGGCUCCUGGAACUGUAUUGGCCCACGGUGGGUGCUCUGAAAAUGGGUGUGAUUUAAUUCCGGUGAGACAGGAGUGUGGGAGUCAUAUUGCGAUCAAGUAGGUAGUAAUUUUAUGGUAGCUCUGGGGGCCAAUCUAGACGGGGGCCAUGCCUUGGGAUGAAGGGACAGUGCUUGGUCAACCCUGGGGCGGCAUGGACUCCCAGCCUCCUUCUCUCGAGGCCCCACAGAUGUCUUCUUUGGCACUGACUUCCGGUUCCUUGGCGCUUUGGGGUACAUCUCAGUCUCUCCCUAAAUUAGGAGCUCCUUGCACCCUGCUCAUCUUUGUGUCCCAGUGCCUGGCACUAGCAAGGGUGGUGACGACCGGGGAUGAGCAAUGAUGAUACUGAGUGGCCACCAAGCACCAUCUCUCAUGUUAGGUAAUUUAAAUGUACACUUAGAAAGAGUUUUUUAGAAUGAAUUAAAAAAAAAAAAUGAAAGAAAAAAAGUAUUGACCAAACUUCAAGCUUUCAGGUACUGGUUUAAUGGCCAUCACCUCAAUGAUAGUUUUAACUACAGUGCUUUUUCAGCACUGCCAUUGGCUAGGCACCAUGCCAAAAUUUCACACAGGCGUAGGCAUUUUUCCUCCCAUUUAACUGAGGGGUAACUAGAGGACUUCUGUGGUGCCUCCCAAGGGUACAAUAGUGAGUGCAGGGCCGGCACUGGGUCCUGUGUGUGCCUCCAAAACCUGUGGCGGGAAGGUUCUAUCAUCUCCCCAAAUGAGUGUGCCCUUCCGUUGGAGGGAAUGUGCUGGUAAAGUUUUGAAAACAGCUACUUCAUGCUUUCACAGGCAGAGUCAAAGCUCUGGAUAGGUGUGAACCUAGAAAGUGGGGCAACAGGCUGAGAGGUCACCGCUGCUUCCCCCUGGCUUUAUUGAGGUAAUGGACAUAGAACAUUGUGUAAGUUUAAGGUGUAUACCUCUAUACGCAGUGAUGACUCCAUACAUACAUAUACUGUAAGAUGAUUACCAUCAAAUGAGAUUAGCACCUCUGUCAGCUCAUGCCUUUCCCGUGUUUUGUGUACAUGGUGAGAACGCCUCCCUGGUGGCGCAAGGGGUUAAGCACCACACUAUGAAGCUAUUCGCAGCUUCUGUAGCAUGAGUUCGAUCCCCAGCCAGCCAGGGAGCAACCCACCUGGCACAGCAGACCUCUUCUAACUCACCUGCUGCUCAGCAGUGUAUUUCAGUCAGUCUGCCUGUUCCGUUCCCCACUCUGUCUCUGGUGAAUCCUCUCACUCCCUGCAUCUCUGGCCUGUACCCAGCUCUUGUAUGCCUAAAUAAAUAAAUCUUUAAAAAAAAAGAUUUACUCUCUCAGCAACUUUUGAGUAUGAAAUUUCAGUAUUGAUUAUAGCCGCCGUACCAGACUCCACAACUUACUCAGCCUUAUUAGAUCCCACAAAUAAGUGAGAUCAUGUGGUGUUUUUUUCUGACUUAGCAUAAUAUCCUCAAGAUCCAUCCAUUUGCAAAGGAUUGCCUUUUUUUUUUUUUUUUGAUGAAGAGUAUUCUGUGUGUAUGUGUGUUUAACACUCUUUUUAAAUCUGUUCAUCUCUUGAUGGACACUUUUGUGUUUCUAUGUCUUGGUUAUUGUGAGUAAUGUUGGAAUGAACAUGCAGAUAUGUCUUUGACAAAGUGAUUUCAUUUUCUUUAGAUACCGAACUAGCAGUGGGAUUGCUGAAUGACCAUUAGUUGUUGUUAAGUUUAAACAUCAAGGAUUUGAAGGUGAAGCAGAGAAGGGGAGGUGGGGCUGGUGGGUCUAUAUAUCCUUGGAGGGGUGCUAACCUAUUUCCUGGUCUGGGUAUCUGUAAAAGUCACAGGAUGUGACAGCCAGAAAUCCUCCCCUGGUGACAGGUUGGCACGGACACUUCUUAAAAUGGAAGGCCUCGGGGCCUAGUCAGAGUCACUUUUGCUGGAUUUGAAGUUCUUCCAUACUUAAAACAAAUCCCUGAUAUUUCUCUGCAUCUCAAAAUCAAGAAUAACCCUAGCUUCUGAUACUUUGUUAUAACGAGAGCUUUAGCUGAUUGUAUUUCAGGACCUUCUCCCCUCCCUACUAGUCAUUGCUAACUUUGUCUGUGGUUGUAACCAUAGAUUAUUGCUAUUAUUUAUAUCAUGUAUAGAAAUACACCACUUAUUUAUAUCAUGUAUAUGUUCUUUUGAUAAUAUUCUUUUAAUAAUGAUUUAUAACACUAGCGUUCUCUUCAAGGUGUGAUUAUUCUAUGUCUAACCAGCUUUAUUGAGAUAUACUACUCAUGUACUCAUUGCACAUAUUUAAAAGGCACAAUUUGAUUAGUUUUGACAUUUGUAUUCAUCACCACAAUCACAACGCAUAUGUCCAUCACCCUCAGAACAUUUCUCACAUUCACGUUCCCAACUCUCAACUUUCCCUGAACCCCCAACCCGUCCCCAGACUAUCUCUGUUCUGCUUCCUGUCUUUAUAGUUAGUUUGCAUUUUCAAUAAUUUUAUAUAAAUAAAUCAAACAGCAUGUAUUCCUUUUUGUCUGAUUUCUUCACUCACCAUCAUUAUUUUGAGAUCUAGCCACAUUACUAUUCAUUCUUACUGCUGGCAUACGGUAUGACUAUCCCACCACUGUUCAUUAUUUACCUGCUGUUGAACAUUUGGGCUGUUUUUACUGUUUGGAUAUGACAAAUAAAGCAACAUUCAACUGA